UGACGAAAGCCGCCGGGGUUGGGACGGGCUUGCGGGUUGCUUUGUUCUUCCCUUCUCCGCUUGUCGCCUGAGGUCGGCUCCGUGGGACUGGCCUGCUCCAGAGAAGAAGAAGAAAGAAUCCUGGCCCCAAAACAGUCAAGACCUUUCUCAGCACAGCAGCAGAUUGCUUGAACCAGAACUGCAGAGAACUGCCACGUUAACUGGACAUUUGCUAGCUGUUGUGGCCUGCGUGGUGAACAUUCAAGGGCUGAAGAAAAUGCCACUGGCUAGGUCACUGUCCAUGACCUCUCUUAAUGGGCUUCCUCAGUGGGAGGAUGAAGAUCUACCAGUGGAGGACUUGUUGCUCUUUGAAGUUUCUUGGGAAGUUACCAACAAAGUGGGAGGCAUUUACACUGUGAUCCAGACAAAAGCGAAAAUUACAGCAGAUGAAUGGGGUGAAAACUAUUUUCUGGUUGGUCCCUAUUUUGAGCACAAUGUGAAGACUCAGGUGGAAGCAUGUGAGCCUCCAAACCCUGCAGUUAAGAAGGCAAUGGACACCAUGAAAAGCCAAGGGUGUCAGGUCUUUUUUGGAAGAUGGCUGAUAGAGGGAAGCCCAUAUGUCUUACUGUUUGAUAUAGGAUCAGCAGCUUGGAAUCUGGACAAGUGGAAAGGUGAAUUUUGGGAUGUCAGCAACAUAGGAAUCCCUUUUCAUGACCGAGAAGCCAACGAUGCUGUGAUUUUUGGAUCGUUAACAGCCUGGUUUUUAAAAGAGCUUUCCUGUCAGUUUGAUGACAAGCCCAACAUAAUUGCUCAUUUCCAUGAGUGGCAGGCAGGAGUGGGUUUAAUACUGUCUCGGUCUCAGAAACUUCCUGUUGCUACAAUUUUUACUACCCAUGCGACUCUACUUGGGAGAUACCUGUGUGCAGCCAAUAUAGAUUUUUACAACAAUCUUGACCAGCAUAACACAAACCAACCUUUUAGGGACCCAGAUGUCUUUAGCACUGCCUUCAGUAGAGUGGGAGGCAUUUACACUGUGAUCCAGACAAAAGCGAAAAUUACAGCAGAUGAAUGGGGUGAAAACUAUUUUCUGGUUGGUCCCUAUUUUGAGCACAAUGUGAAGACUCAGGUGGAAGCAUGUGAGCCUCCAAACCCUGCAGUUAAGAAGGCAAUGGACACCAUGAAAAGCCAAGGGUGUCAGGUCUUUUUUGGAAGAUGGCUGAUAGAGGGAAGCCCAUAUGUCUUACUGUUUGAUAUAGGAUCAGCAGCUUGGAAUCUGGACAAGUGGAAAGGUGAAUUUUGGGAUGUCAGCAACAUAGGAAUCCCUUUUCAUGACCGAGAAGCCAACGAUGCUGUGAUUUUUGGAUCGUUAACAGCCUGGUUUUUAAAAGAGCUUUCCUGUCAGUUUGAUGACAAGCCCAACAUAAUUGCUCAUUUCCAUGAGUGGCAGGCAGGAGUGGGUUUAAUACUGUCUCGGUCUCAGAAACUUCCUGUUGCUACAAUUUUUACUACCCAUGCGACUCUACUUGGGAGAUACCUGUGUGCAGCCAAUAUAGAUUUUUACAACAAUCUUGACCAGUUUGACAUUGACAAGGAAGCAGGAGAGAGACAGAUUUACCAUCGGUAUUGUAUGGAACGGGCAUCUGUACAUUGUGCCCAUGUGUUCACCACAGUCUCACAGAUAACAGCUAUAGAAGCAGAACAUAUGCUUAAAAGAAAUCCUGAUGUUGUCACCCCAAAUGGCUUGAACAUUAAGAAAUUUUCAGCGAUGCACGAGUUUCAGAAUUUGCAUUCCAUGUACAAGGCUAGGAUCCAAGAAUUCAUUCGAGGUCAUUUCUAUGGCCACCUUGACUUCAGUCUUGAGAAGACCUUAUUUUUCUUCAUUGCUGGGAGAUACGAGUUUUCCAACAAAGGAGCUGAUAUGUUUCUAGAAGCCUUAUCAAGACUAAACUUUUUGCUGAGGGUUCAUAAGACUGAUGUUACAGUUGUUGUGUUCUUCAUCAUGCCAGCAAAGACAAACAAUUUCAAUGUGGAAACCCUGAAAGGACAAGCAGUCCGGAAGCAGCUCUGGGACACUGCACAAUCUGUGAAAGAAAAGUUUGGAAAGAAACUCUACAAUGCCCUGCUCAAAGGAGAAAUUCCAGACUUGAACAAGAUUCUUGACCGAGAUGAUAUAACCAUUAUGAAAAGAGCCAUCUUUUCAACUCAGCGACACUGUCUGCCUCCAGUUACCACCCACAACAUGAUUGAUGAUGGCAAUGAUCCAAUCCUCAAUACCAUCCGACGCAUUGGCCUUUUCAAUAACCGGACAGACAGAGUAAAGGUGAUCCUACAUCCGGAGUUUCUUUCUUCGACAAGCCCGUUGCUGCCCUUGGACUAUGAGGAGUUUGUUAGAGGCUGCCACCUUGGUGUAUUUCCAUCAUACUAUGAACCCUGGGGUUACACUCCAGCUGAAUGUACUGUGAUGGGCAUUCCCAGUGUAACCACAAACCUUUCUGGAUUUGGCUGUUUCAUGCAGGAACACGUUGCUGACCCAGCGGCUUAUGGAAUCUACAUCGUUGACAGGAGAUUCCGCUCCCCUGAUGAAUCCUGCAACCAGCUGACUCAGUUCCUCUACGGAUUUUGUCAGCAGUCCCGUCGCCAGAGGAUCAUCCAAAGAAACCGAACUGAGAGGCUCUCAGAUCUGUUGGACUGGAGAUACCUAGGCAGGUAUUACAUGCAUGCCAGACACUUGGCUCUCAGCAGAACAUUUCCAGAUAAAUUUGAGAUGGAACCAAGUGCUCCACCAAAGACGGAAGGUUUCAGGUAUCCCAGGCCUUCAUCAGUGCCACCGUCACCUUCUGUCUCUCAGCAUUCCAGCCCUCACCAGAGUGAAGGCGAAGAUGAAGAUGAGGAUGAAAGAUACGAUGAGGAUGAGGAAGCCGAAAGGGAUAGGCAAAACAUCAAGUCUCCCUUUUCCCUUGGAGUAUUGCCACAAGGAAAAAAGAAACAGCAUGGAGAAUACAGGAACUGAAUUUGUUGCUCUCACCCUGGUAGGGUCUCUCCAUCCAUUCAACAGUUUGUCCUGUAGGCUUGGCAAGCUUUGUAUUAAGGACAGAUAUAAUUAGGGGAAUCUUAAAUGUCACUUGAGUUACACCGUUGGAAAGCCUAACAUUAUUUCACCCUGAAAGUAGUUUAAAUGACAAUUUCUCUGUGCCCUUUGAGGUAGAAGAGCUUUCUCAAGUUUAAUAAACCUAGAGAAUGCGACAAUCCCUUCAGGAGCUUAUACAAACUGCAGAUCAUACCUUUGUCUACGUAAUCGCCUAUGUUAAUCAUAGUCCAUGCUGGUAACUCCAUUAUGGGUGUCCCAAAUGUGUUCCUGCUUCAUUUAUGUUCCCCCUUUUCCCCUCCAAAACUAAUAUGAACUUUAAGACAGAGCACAACAAAUUUAGAGAAAAAAAAGUCUUACACUGGGGAAACCUUGGCAGGGUUAAAAAAGAUACACUGAAAAGAAAAUGGUCUUUCUUUUUCCUUAUGCUGUUUAUUAUAAGCUUACAUCAUGUAAAACUUUUUUUUCAGCACACAGUCUUGAUCCAGUGGUAAAACAUACUUCCUGUGGAACAAUGUAAAGUCUUAUGCAGUGGGCAUUUGAAUUUGAGACAAAUAAAGUCAUCUUUCUGAAGUCAUUUAGACCCACAAUAAACAGCAGACCGUUUAUUUUCUGGU